AAGCUAGAAAGGCGACCAGGGGAGGUCGAACUACACCAUCCCAGAUUACCCAGCGCCUUUUUUUAAAUGCGUUGACUGACUGACUUGAUGCGCACUUUGCUUUGCAGGCUUACUUGGAGCAAGAUCAAGAUAAGCGACUUAGUCACUCCUGUUGCAUGCGUUGUACUAAACAGCUAAUUAAAAGGACUGUGUGGACUUUCAAUGGUGACCCUCCGACGUAAAGAUGGACUGCAUAUGUUCGAGACCGACAGUGUUCUUCUUCACAGCUUCUUGAUACACAUCCAAAGGAAACAAAAGACCGAGAUAAAGGACUCCUAUUGCCUGCAACGCUGAUAUGAUGCUCUGCUACACAUUUGUGUACCACUUCCUCACUUUGGCAGCACUUGUAUUGAUUGCGAGCUGCGGAGCAGGAGGAGGAGGAGGCGAGCAGAGGACCAGAGCGACCGAUAGCAGUACCGGGAACACAGGUGGCGCUGGAGGAAGCGGAAGCAGACGUUUUCAUAAAAUCCAGCAUGGCCAGUGUACCUACACCUUCAUACUACCUGAAGGAGCGGCAGGUGAAGGUUCUUGCAGGGAUGCAAAAAGCGGGAACCCGCAGUACAACACCAAUUCGCUCCAAAGAGACUCGCCGCCAACCGCGGCGGACUUUUCCAAUCAGAAGAUCCAGCAACUCGAACACGUUAUGGAGAAUUACACUCAGUGGCUGCAGAAGAUUGAGAAUUACAUCAAAGAGCGCAUGAAAACAGAGAUGGUUCAACUGCAACAGAGUGCGGUGCACAACACCACGGCAGCCAUGUUGGAAAUGGGCAGCAACCUUCUGUCUCAAACUGCGGAACAGACACGGAAGCUGACUGAUGUUGAGACGCAAGUUUUGAAUCAAACAUCAAGGCUUGAGAUUCAACUUCUGGAAAAUUCUCUCUCCACCAACAAGUUGGAGAAGCAGUUAAUGGUCCAGACCAAUGAGAUCAACAAACUCCAUGACAAGAACAGCCUCCUAGAGCAGAAGAUGUUAGAAAUGGAGACAAAGCACCAAGAAGAGUUAGAAACACUGAAACAGGAAAAAGGGAGCCUCCAGGUCCUGGUAGGGAGGCAGAGCGGCGUUAUCAAGGAGCUAGAGGUCCAACUGAACAGGGCCACGGGAAACAGCACUGCUCUACAAAGACAGCAGCAGGAGAUGAUGGAUACUGUCCACAACCUACUCAACCUUUGCUCUAAAGAUGGAGUUCCAAAGCCCCUGGAUGAAGAGAAGAAGUUCAGCGAUUGUGCCGAUCUUUACCAGGCUGGCUUUCAUAAGAACGGAGUCUACAACAUCCAGAUCAACUUACAGGAGAACAAAAGGGUGUAUUGCAACAUGGAAACAGCUGGCGGUGGAUGGACGGUCAUACAGCGGAGAGAAGAUGGCAGUGUAGACUUCCAGAGAACAUGGAAAGAAUACAAAACGGGUUUUGGGAGUACAUCUGCAGAGCACUGGUUGGGAAACGAGUAUGUCUACCAGUUAACCAGCCAAAGGCAGUACGUCCUUCGUGUUGAACUGACAGACUGGGACGGACACCAGGCCUUCUCGCUGUACGAUCGCUUUCAAAUUGGCAGUGAGAAACAGAACUACAGGCUGUUCCUGAAAAGCCACAGCGGGACGGCAGGCAGACAGAGUAGUCUAGUGAUCCACGGGGCGGACUUCAGCACCAAGGACAUGGACAAUGACAACUGCAUGUGCAAGUGCGCUCUCAUGCUCACUGGCGGUUGGUGGUUUGAUGCCUGUGGCCCCUCCAACCUUAACGGCAUGUACUUCACGCAAGGACAACACGUGGGGAAGUUAAACGGGAUCAAGUGGCACUACUUUAAGGGCCCCAGCUACUCACUUCGAGCCACAGCCAUGAUGAUCCGCCCACUGGACUUCUCUUAGCCGUAAAAAAAAAAAACAAAAAAAACAACGAAAUUGCUAUUUAGCACAUUAGUGGGACGCUUCCAGUUUUGUCCUCAUCUCAUUUCACUUCGCUUUGUAACCUUUUUUUUCCUUCUCACUGAACUUUAAGAACAGCAACAGGGAAGAAAAACACAGCAAGGCAUGAUUUAUGUUUCUGAUCAGAUUAGCACACAUAAUUAUUUAAGGACAAAAAUAAGUCAUGUGUGUUUAUCCCACACUGGGAAUGUGUGCGUAUUUUUUUAAUAACAUGGACGUUCUGAAUAGUACAGAACGGUGGCAGAGCGGAGAUGACUCACAAACUGCAGGACAGAACUGAUCUUUCAUGCUCUGAGGACACAAUUUGUUGUUUUUUUUAUGUUGUAAUUGUAUUCCGUAUGUGGUUUUUUUUUUUUAAGUAUUCAUCUCGUAUGUAUCUCACCAUCACAUGAAUGUCUAUUACAGUACAGUGUAUUCUGAACGUAUGAAUGAAAGGUGAACUUUAUCUUUCAGUAGUAAAUUAAAUAUGAUAAUCAUAUUUUCUGAGUAAUUUAGCGUUUACACAUGGAUGGCUAGUUCCAUUUAAAGAGUGAAAAGGAAAAAAAAAAUAAUUACUGCAUGUCAAAAUUCCAAAAAAUAUACAACAGCAGCUACUCAGCUCUGUAGAUACCUCCAAAGUUGAACACAAAUUCAAAAUUCAAAAAUAGCCACGUUUACAUGAGGGGUUUUUCUCUUUCCAAAUGACCUUUCCGAAAGCAAUGGUAUACAUGGAAAGGAAUAUUCCAAUGGCGUGUCUACAUGCGCCGCUAUAAUCAACCAGAAUAGUCAAUGGGGCAUGCCCAGUAAAGCGUAAACACCAACAUCACGUGAUACCGACUUCCUCCAGUUUUUCUUUCACUUGUUGGAAUAACUCCGUAUUCCCAGUUUUUCCUUCGUCCAGUCUUGAAAUUUAGUUUGAAUCAAAAACAAACUUUCCGCAGCAGUCCAGUGCCGAUUGCUCGCCUCAGUUUUUUUUAAAUCGAAGAACGUCUGGAGCUGCGUGUUACGUCAUAUCUCAGCAUUCGCUGAAAGAACGCUACCCGGGAACAGGAAAAGAUAAAGUUCAAUCUUGCUAAUAUUUUAUAAUUAAGAACAAUUGUUUUCUUUUUAAUAAAACUGGACUUGUGAAUGGCGUAUAGAAGGGUUUAGAUUCUGUUCCACAGAUGGCGCUAAUGCACACGAAAGCUGCUUGCCAACCGCCAAUAAACAACAGAAGAAGAAAAACACCACGAAGAAAAACGCAGUCUGACAACUUUCCGAUCGAGCGGGUACAAGAUACCUCAAUCGGAUUGGGGAAAGGAAUAUUCCAUCCUUGGGAAUCCGAUUAUAUAUUCAUUCGGAUUGGCACUUUUCUUUCGGAAUGAGGUUAGAUUCCUUCCGUUUGAGCAAAUAACCCGAAUAGAAUUGGAAUAUUUGGGUCCAUGUAUACGUUGGCUAAUAUAAAAUUGUGAUGGGAAUUUUGGCUUUUUUAAGUGAUUCACCUCCCUAAAACGAGCUGGCUCUUUUGACUCCCAAACGGCUCCUCUGAAUUUUGUUGUAAUUUUGCAAAAAAUAUCAUUACAAUAUGACGAAAAACUUAAUUUUAGUAGUAGUUGAAAUACCCUUUCUUGCAACUAAUUUUCCUAGUAAACAUAAACCUUCCCUUCUUUUUUUCUUUUGUCAACCCAUUUUUACCAAACACAGAAACAAAUGAAAAAAAGGCAAGAAAAAAAUGACAGUUUGUUCACUUCAAAGAACCGGCGACCAUCACUAAUGGAAUAUAAAUUAAUGCCUAUUCAUUAGGUACUCAACACAAAUAUGAACGCAAUACUUGGCUGUGGUGUAAACAUAUUAUGUGGUUUCAGAUUGGACCCUAUAAAAGGGCACCCAAAAAUGUGCCAUUUAAUUGUACUUUUAGGGGUAUGGAUGGGCCAGUAUCUGUUGUGACCCCUAUUUCCAAGCAUCCAGACCAGGAGUAUGCUGGCCAUGCAAAAACUGGGAUGUUUUCCGAUUCCGGGGAACUAUGCACAGAUCCAUGCAACAUUGUGGAUACAGUUAAACCGCACAUUUUGAAGUGGCCUUUUAUUGUGGCCACACUCUGGCUUGAUAUGCUAUCUGUCUGGAUUAUGAACGCUAACACUAACACAAACAUUGAUUUGUGAACAAUAUGUGAGCAAAAUUGGCCACAGACAAAAUUUUGCUCAUAAAAAAAAUGAUGUUUGUAUAUUUUUGUGGAGUUACAAAGAAAAAAAAAAUAAAUUCACAUUUGCAUAUUGAAUAUUAAUCAAGAUAGCCAAGUUUGCAAAUAUAAUAAGUUUGUUUAUGCGAGUAUUUCACCAGAAUGCAAACUACUACAACCGAGAAUUGGACAUUAGGUCUUUGAAUUAUAAUUAUAAUUUUAUGUAUAUCGUUCACAUAACAUGACAACAUAAUGUGGCGGAGAAUCCGUGGAAGGUACUGUACAUGUGGGAAAGUAAAUGUGUGUGUUUGUGUGUACAAAUGGUACUUUAGAUGUACUUUUAACAAAAUGUAAGAUAACCCCCCCCCCCCCAAAAAAAAAAGUGUGCCACUGAUAACUCAUCUUUUACCUCAUUAAACCGAAGAUUUGCUAAUUGAUUUUAUUUAAAGGUAUUUUGUAAACAUGUGGGCAAUGUUGUGUUGCUAUUAAAUAAAAUGUGAUGCACUAUGGUUACAACACA